GUUCAUUUGAAUGUCAGUAAGAACAAACUACAAUUUGGAAAUACAUGAGGAAAUGCCUAGAUGAUGAGUCCAACCCAGAGUCAAUAACAAGUUUUUGUUCCUUCUAAGCAUUCAAUUAAUGUUAGCUACUCUGCAAAGUAAGAAGUAGAUCGGACCUUGGAUUCAUGGGACCUAAUGGUCUUCAUUUUUAUAGAUGAGGACUGCAAGAGCUUUGUGGAUUGCUCAAGGCCAUGAAACUAGAUAAUUAACAGAGCAGGGAGUAGAGCGUAAUUCCUGCUCUAAGGCUAAUUCCAGUAUUAUUAUAGCAGGUACUAAACUUUGAAAUCAUGAUUCUUAUGGCUUAAUAUGAUACCUAUUAAAGGCUGGGUUUACUUAGGUUAUAUCUGUGGUAGAUUUCCUUUUGCAGUUCCUCCAGUGCUGGGGGAUAUAUGGCACAAUGUCAGGAUUAGUCAUUUAAGCUGGAUUGAGGACAAAUUGUACUAAGCUGUUUUCAGUAGAUCUGUAACUAGAUGAUACCAUAAAAUGAUAUAUUGCUCCACUUAUGCAUUUAUGAAAAACAUCUCAAUAUAAAGAGUUGCAACUGAGGUCAUUAACAGUCAGCCAAGGCAAUAUUUUGGGUGGGGCAGGGAGCCUUUCUGCCAGUGUUAAAAUAAUUCCCUUCUGUAUAAUAGUCCUCCCAGGAGCCUGGGAUGCUCCCAGUUUUCACCCUACAUUAAUAUAUGGGCUAUGAUAUACCAUAAUAGUGAAAACACAAACACUAGAAGUUCCUCAAAGUUCCAUGCAUGAAGGUAUGAUCCCUUAUUUUGUUGCUGAUAUUCCUAUGAGCUGUUAAUAACUUGUGCUGUUACCUGUUAGUCAUUAGCACUUUAGUGUGUGAUAGGCCAUUUUCAAAAAAGGGUCAUUAUUUAUGGGGAUGUAAUAAUUGUUGACAUGUCUACCUGCCUCCACAGAGUACAAAUGCAUAUAAGGACAGUAACCAUAUUUCAUUAAUCUUUUAUUAUCCAGUGCAUAUUUAGUAUGCAUUUGAUAAAUAAGAGUCCAGUAAUAAAUAAUAGAAGGGAAAGGAAAAAGAGCUUUAGGGAAAAGCAGAUGUUGAUCAGUAACUCUCCGAGAGACCAAAGGCAGCAGUAAUUAUUUAUUAAAUGCCAGUUCUCCCAAGUACUUGCUGCAUCAUGUUUCUUCCAGUUGGCUUAUCUUCACCCUGUAGAUACAGUCAAGGGCAGUGGGAGGCCCUGCCUCCAUGUCUACCCACUUGAUCAUUUGCUUCUGGCCUGCUGGCCCUUCUGUGGUUCCUCAGAAGGAAAUCAAUGUAUAAACAUCUUAAUGAAUUUUUCUUUUAGCAAUCAGAACUCAUAGAAUUAUUAGGACUGUUGGCACAUACCAGAGAUGAAGGAUAAUUUCACUUGUUUUUUUUUUUUUUUUUUCAAAUAAAAACUGCCAUUUCCUUUUGUAAAAUUUUAUGAUUGUUGGUUGAGAUCUCUGAGCUUAGGCUUCAUCAUUACUAAACCGAUCUAUUCAGCUCCAAUUUGUAUACAGAGAAAAAAUUGUAGGGUUUUUCUUACAAGCUAGCCUAAUUUUCAGCAAACACACAAGAUUUCAGGGUGACUUCAGCAGCCAUAAGUUGAAAAAGAUGUCAGUAAAUACAGAAAAAGCUAUGACAAUGCUGUCAGGUUAGAAGCAUCUAAAAAUAAUUGUAAGGAAGCACUGUGUCUUCUGCUUUUAUGGUGUGGUUCUCUGCUCUCUCUUUUUCCAGACCACAUUCUUAUUCUGUUUCCUAACGCUCCAUUUGAGGUUUCUGAGAAUAUGUAACACAAACUGCAUGAGCUGCAAUGCAUAGCUAUAAUUCUUGGCUGGAGCAGUUUCCUCAACUUUUUAUCUGGUUCCCUUUACUGGCAAGCUAAUCUGACCAUGUGUGACCAUUAGGACUCCUUUUCUGCUUCUCCACUAAGCUGUAAAGCCAGGUCGAAGCAUUUUUUCUUUUCUUUACUUUCUCCCUCCCUUCCUCCCUCUAUCCUUCCUCCCUCUUUCCCUUCCUCCCUCCCUCCCUCCCUCCUUCCUUCCCUUCCCUUCCUUCCUGCCACAAAGUCUCACUCUGUCACCAGGCUGGAGUGCAGUGGGGCAAUCUCAUCUCACUGCAACCUCUGACUCCCUGGUUCAAGAGAUUCUCCUGACUCAGCCUCCCAAGUAGCUGGGAUUACAGGCUAAGUAAGCAUUAUUUUCAAAUCUCUUUCCUCCAGGCCCUCGAUCUCACUUCACUUAACAUACCCAAGCUAAAGGUAUGCCAAAGGGGAGGACAAAGAAAAUUUGAUUCCUUCAUUUCCCUUCCCUAUCGUCUUGUGUGUCAUGAUGACAUUGAUGGCUUCUAUGACCCCUUCAUGUGCUUAGGGUGUAAAGCACCAGAAAAAAGACUGGGUCAUGAAUGAGUAGUCCACAGGCCUAACUCAGUACUCCUGGGUCUAAGCUAUGCCAUGGGUUCAGAAGGGUUAAUCUAUGGGUUCAACUACCCAGAAAGCCAGACUCUUUUUCAGUGGUUAACUGUGUAUUCAAAACAGCAAAUGAGGUUAAUGGAAUAGUCUAUGGAUAGCUGUCAUUUCUUCUCUUCAAAUAUUGGGCCCUGACAAUAUGCUGGGCCUUGGAAUAAAGCGGGGAAUAGGACAGGCAAGAUCCUAGUGGAGAGCACUCACAAUAAACUUGUAAAUAAAUCAAUAAGCAAAAUAAUAUCAUUUUUAUACCUUAUUUGGACCUAAAGAUCCCAAGGUAGUGAUAUGUGCUAUGAAAGCAACAAAACAGAGUGAUGCCUUAGUGUCUGGAGGGAUGGGCUGUUCUAAGUGGUAUGGUCAGGAAAGGCCCUUGAGGAGCCCACAGUUGAGUUCAGCCUAAAAGACAAGAAGCCAGAGAGAACAUUCCAGGAGAAGACAGUAACAAGUAUAGAGGCCCAAAGUAUGAAAUGGACUUGGAAGGGCCUCGUCUUCUACUUGUUUUUCUUUUUGUUGUUGUUGUUGUUAUUGUUGUUUUGCUUUGUUUUGAGAUGGAGUUUCACUCUUGUUGCCCAGGCUGGAGUGCAAUGGCACGAUCUCGGCUCACCACAACCUCUGCCUCCCAGGUUCAAGCAAUUCUCCUGCCUCAGCCUUUAUUUUUAGUAGAGAUGGGGUUUUUCCACAUUGAUCAGGCUGGUCUUGAACUCCCAACCUCAGGUGAUUUGCCCUACUUGACCUCCCAAAGUGCUGGGGAUUACAGACAUGAGCCACCACACCCAACCUCUACUCAUUUUUAUGUGGGGGUAGACAACUGCUUUCCCAGAGACUUCUCUUUCCCGUUAACCAGCUGUACAGCCUUGAACAACUCCCUCAAGUUCAAAUGGUAAAAGCAGAUUAUCAGGCUGGGAAUUCUAGGACCCCAUCUAGGUUAAACAUUUGAGUCCACAAAAAUGCUGCAGUUGCCCAUGUCAGGAAGAAGUGAUUCAGUGGUACUCACCUGGUACACGGCUCAACAAGUCCUUUUAAAGUUGUCCUGAGGCUGGGCACGGUGGCUCAAGCCUGUAAUCCCAGCACUUUGGGAGGCUGAGGCGGGUGGAUCACGAGGUCAAGAGAUCGAGACCAUCCUGGUCAAAAUGGUGAAACCCCGUCUCUACUAAAGAUACAAAAAAUUAGCUGGGCAUGGUGGCGCAUGCCUGUAAUCCCAGCUACUCAGGAGGCUGAGGCAGGAGAAUUGCCUGAACCCAGGAAGCGGAAGUUGCGGUGAGCUGAGAUCGCGCCUUUGCACUCCAGCCAGGGUAACAAGAGGGAAACUCCGUCUCAAAAAAAAAAAAAAAAAAAAAAGUUGUCCUGGGCAUGGCCCUUUUCACUGCAGGUUAUUAUAAAGGUCAUAAUUCAAUUCCAACUUUAAGGCAUUUAGAAGGUGACCUGAAGACAAAUAUUGAUAAGCACUCACUAUUGGGUGCUGGAGACACUAAUGACCUUUUCACUGAUAACUUGCAGCUUCUUCUAGAGGUGACCAUGGGCACCUCACUCUUCUCACUCUUAAGGCUAUGCUUAAGGUGAAGGGGAAAAUAUCUUCAACCCUGUAAAUGUUUAUUCCAAAAAAGAGAGCCCAAAUGAGGACUUCUGUGAAAGCAGUUUAUGUGAGAGGUGAUGGGGGAGUAGAGGCGAGGGAGUGGGUGAUGGCCUCAGGGAAGGAGGGGAAACCAAACAGGUAGGUUGUCAAGAUCCCUGCUGUGGGUGAGGCCCACCUGAUGCCACUGGGAGUAGCACACAGAAUUGUCAGCGGAGGGGUCAGGGACUGGAGAAUAUAUUAAUAUUAACUGACCCCUGGCUCUCGUUAGUUGAGCGUCAUCCCAGGGAGCAUUAACUCCCUGCCCUUCUGGACUGUUUUGAGCUCAGGCCAAGCUGUCUCCAUGGGAUUGGAGAAGUUCUGGGCAGAAAGCAAAGGGAUGUGCAGCAUGCUCUUGAAAUGACGGCAGUCAGCCUGUGGUCAUCAUCCGAGCUUGCAUUAUGAUCAGCUGCCAUAGCUAUGGCCCAGGUCAGAGACUGGCUGAAGGGAUGUGACAGCAUCACUAGAAAAAGAAGAAAAGAAGCUUGGACAGAAUGGAUUAGAGAGAUGGGGGCUGGAAUCACCUCCCUGAAGUCCUUUAAUUUAUUCUAUGGCCUGGGUUUAUCCCUGACAAACCCAGAUGGGAAUCUAGCCUGUCAGUAACUGAAUCCACAUAGAGGCCUGGGGGUGGAAGAACACAGUUACCACACAGAGAUUCGUCUCCUUUCCUCUGGGAGAUCCUGCAAGCCAGGAAGCAUGGUCAAAGAUUAAUUUAGUGGAUUAAAUAAGGCUUCUCUGUUGAAUGAAGAAGGCAAGGUUUUAGGCAAUUAAUGCAUAAUAAAAAGUAAUAAUGACAAAGUCCACAGCUUCCCACUAUUUGACACAGUGAAUAAGAUAGGAGAUGGCAUAUUAACUAAAGUCUAUAUUUACUUUUAGCAAAUUAGGGUUUAAAAACUCAAAAAUUACAAAAACGUAAAGACUAAAUUAAGAAACAAAGCAUUCCAACAAUAAGACAGGAGAAACAAAAGAAGUACAGUCUUAUCCUCCCACACUCAAUGUUCCCAGUACAGUGGUUCCUGAUUCACUGAGCACAGUGACACUGGGAAUGGAAAUGAGGAAUAAAAUCGAAGGAAAUGAAAUCUCAGAGGCAAGUGAGAUUCUCUGAACUUCAGUUUUCCCCUCUGUAAAAUGGGGAUAAUAAUGUCACACUUCACACGUUGCUGGGAGGAAGGAAUGGGCCGUGUGGGAAAGUGCUCUGUACGCUGCAAGGCAUCCUAAAAUGUUAUAAUUAAUUCAGAGUUUGAAAUGCAGUUGUUAUAUUUUAAAUUGUUGAAAUGAUAAACACCAUUCCACUCAUUAAAAGAAGGAAGUACUGUUUAUUUCAGCAUUGUGGAGUGCAAAGAACUUUCAAGGGGCCAGAAAGAAUCAACAAUAUGUAAAUAAGGCCGGGUGCAGUUGGCUCAUACCUGUAAUCUCAGCACUUUAGGAAGCCAGGGUGGGCAGAUCACCAGAGGUCGGGAGUUCAAGAGCAGCCUGGCUAACAUAGUGAAACCCCGUCUCUACUAAAUAUACAAAAUUAGCUGGGUGUGGUGGUGCAUGCCUGUAAUCCCAGCUACUCGGGAGGCUGAAGCAGGAGAAUCACUUGAACCCAGGAGGCAGAGAUUGCAGUGAGCUGGGAUCAUGCUACUGCACUCCAGCCUGGGUGACAGAGUGAGACUCAGUCUCCAAAAAAAAAGUAAAUAAAUUUCUGGAUACCCUAAGGAAGGGAACACAUGUUUUGUCUCAUGUUUGCAUUAUUACAUUGCUAACAACACCUUUGGAAUCCAUGUCUUGUAUUGCAUUUAAUUGUAUUCGUCUUUCCAGAGUCCUAUUCUGAUUGAGGCCUGUCAAGUGUCAGGAGGUAAAUCCUAUAUAAUCCCACUCCCUUAUCUUUCACUUCCUUUGGUUAUUUCUCAUUGUCUUAUGCUUCACUCAGCUGUGCAUGCCCAUUUUAUCAGGAUCUGCUUUAGUUUUUUCUUUUUAUCUUCAUAGAGACAGAGCCUUGCUCUGUCACCCAGGCUGGAGUGCAGUGGCACAAUCAUAGCUCACUGCAGCCUCGAACUAUUGGGCUCAAGCAAUCCUUCCUCAGCCUCCUCAUGCUUUAUUUUCAACAGAAGACACUCACUUUGAAAUAUGGUUCUUCCCAGUGUCUUAUGCUUAAAUUAAAAGAAUCUUCCAGAUGUUACAGAAUCAGUCAGUUGUUUUAAAACACAAUUAAAGAUUUUGAGAUGCAGUUUUGUAAAAUAUUUCUGACAUUUGAUUUCAGGUAUUUUUCCAUCUCACUGAGUUCGACUCAGGUGAACGUAGUUCUGACUUCUUGGAUGAAUUAAAGUUGAAAGUUUCCAAAAGAUGGAGAGAUACCUUGGCUCAGAUCAAAUGAAGCUUUGUUUUAGCAUACUUGAAAUAUUUUGUCACUGCUGUUUCUUCUCCACAGCUCUUCCAUAGCUGUGAGUAGUCUCUAAGGCAUUUAAUUUACUGUGACUUUGGUUUUUGCUUUCCCAGUGAAUCUCAGCUCUGGUUCUCUUGUUAGUGGAGUAAAGAAAUGACAGAAGGAAAGAAACAUUGAAUGAGCCUUUUCUUACGAAAAUAGGUUACUGCUUCUUUCAGCUAGGGCAUGCAGAGUUUGGAAAAGGUGUGUAAUGAGUCAGAGAGCUGGCCCGCUGGGGGUGAUUCCACUGCAGCCGAGGCCUUAGCUCCCAACUUUGAAGACUAAGAAACAGAUUUUUAAGGGCACCAAGUUGAAAAAGAUUGACUAUAAAAUCGUAUUGCAAAUGUAUUAACUUGCAACAGCUACUAUUUCUUGGGUGCUUUAUAGAAACUCAUGUGUCAGAUAUCAAGCUAAGUACAUUUUAGAUUUGUUAGCAGAUUUCCUGGGUUGAUUCCAGUCUCUGCCAUCUACUACUCUGUGGUCUUGGGCAAAUUCCUUAACAUUGUGCAAGUUACUUGCCUUAUUUAAUAAGGUGAUAAGAAGAAUGCCUGGCACAUCACAAGUACUCUAUUUGCCAUUAAAAUUAACUCUCACAACACUCCUGUAAGGUAGAUACCAUUACUAUUCCCCUUUUAUGGUGAGCAAAUGAAUAUUUAGUGAUGUUAGAUAAUUUGCUUAACAUACCAUAAUUAGUAAGUAUGCAAUUGAAAUAUAAUCAGGACAAGGAAACAAAAUUCAAUGUUUAAGUCUCCAGGCUAAGAGAAUAUACUCCUAUCCACCUCUCAACUGGGUAGGUCUUUCAAUCAGAUUAUCGUAUUUGAAAGUCUGCUGACCAUGUAUGGUCUCAAGAAUAGUUCUCAAAAAAAAAAAAAAGCAUUGCCAACUUAUACUCUGGGACCUCCCUUUUUUCAUGCCUUCAUAGCUGGUGCCCCACUCAGCAUGAGGGGUACAACAUUCACGGUGCUCUUGAGUACUAUACAGAACAGUGCUGUCAGAACUUUCUGUCAUGAAGAAAAUGUUCCAGAUCUACUUCAUCCAAUACAGUAACCAUUAUUUGCAUAUAGUUAUUGAACCCUUAAAAUGUUACUAGUGUCACUGAGGAACUGACUCUAAUUCAACUUGAUUUAAAAAGCCUGAUAUGCUUUGACUCUGUGUCCCCACCCAAAUCUCAUCUCAAAUUCUAAUCCCCACAUGUUGAGGGAGGAACCUGGUGAGAGGUGAUUGGAUCCGGGGUUGGUUUCCCCAUACUCUUCUUGUGAUAGUGAGUGAGUUCCCACGAGAUCUGGUUGUUUGAUAAGUGUCUGGUGCUUCUCCCUUCUCACUCUCCUGCUGCCUUUUGAGGACAUGCUUUGCUGCCCCUUCACCUCCCACCAUAAUUGUAAGUUUCCUGAGGCUUCCCUAGCCAUGCAGAACUGUGAGUCAAUUAAACUCUUUUUCUUCAUAAAUUACCUAGUUUUGGAUAGUUCUUUAUAGCAGUGUGAAAACAGACUAAUAAAUAGCCAAACAUAGCUAGUGGCUACUGUUUCAGACAGCAGAGCUAUUCGGGAGAAAAAAAAAUCUAUUUUUAGGGAAAAAUAAUAUGAGGCAGUUGAUUUUCUCUAAGAGAAAUGCAAAGAGAUCCAAUCAGUCUUGUUAUGAGAACAUUCUGUGUGAAUUUCACUCAGCAACAAGGGUUUCCUGGGUCAGCUACAUUAUCCUGCUCUUUUCUUAUAUAGUAUGGAUGUUUCUGAGGGCAACAGACAGGUCCAUUUAUUUUGGCCAGUGAAAAACUCAGUGGAGAAUUCUUGAAAUGGAAAAUUCGGAAUCAUUCAUCUAGGUUCAUAGCCUUUGGGUAGCUCUUUCACCUACGAUCCUCUCAAGGCAAGGAUAGCUCUUGGAUUGUGAGGAGGGGAGAAUGAGGUCAGAAGUAAACUGAGGACUAAAAAUAGCUUUGCAGAUGGUGACCCUUGAUCAAGCAAUUCAAACUGAAAUAUGCCCAUAGACCACCACUCUUUUCCUCUUUUUUGGCAAUUAGGGAAAGUGUACCUUAGUUUUUCAACCACGGGAUUUUGAGUCAGAAGACCUGGGUUAAAGUCUCAGCUUCAUUCUUUACUAAUGGGAUGACUAUAGACAAAUUACUGAAACUCACUGAGUUUAAAAAUAGGCUUAAAGAUAGUGGAUAUCACAAGUAAUACCUCCCUCAAAGGAUGCAAGUGAAGAUCUGCUGAGAUAAUGCAUAUGGAACCGCUUUGCAAACUUGCGAAGGCUAUAGAAAUGUCUUAGUAAUCAUUAUUCCACUUGGAUAGCUCACCUUUGCCUUUUAAUACUGCUUUCAUAUUUACUAUCUCAUUUUAUCUUCAAAACAGACCUAAGUAGGGAAGGAAUUAUUAUCUGUGUUUUACCAUCUAUUGAUGUUGGCAAAUGGGGCCCACAAAAGCUGAGAGACGCACCUAAAGUUACACAGCGCAUCUGGCUACAUUGUGCCCGGUUCCACCCUGGAUCAACUGAGUCCCCUUCUAAAUCCCUCAUUUCUAAAAAGCAACCAAUAGACUGAAGCUUGAUGUCCAAAAGUUAUGCCUCAGGAUAAAAAAUAGAAUUAUUCCUAUUCAAUAAGCAAGCCAAGGUACAAUAUGGGUCCAAAGCUGAGCAAUCAUAACAUAAACAUAAAGAUGAUGGGUAGCCACCCAUUGUGCUAAGAAUUUUAUAAACAUUAUUUUAGUUAAUAAUCAAAUAUAAUUCUUGGAGGUUGUAUAGUUAUCAGCCCCAUUUUACAACCAAGAAAAUUGAGGCAGAAAAUGGUUCAGGAAUGUUUCCAUUAUCCGCAGAGCCAGUAAUUGCCAAGAGAACCUGGAUGUAUUAGUUUUCUGAGACUGCUGUAACAAAGUACCAUAGACUGGGUGGCUUAUAUCACAGAAAUUAUCUCACAGUUCUGGAGGCUGGAAGUCCAAAAUCAAAGUGUCAGCAGAGCUGGCUCCUCCUGAAGGCUGUGGGUGGAGGAUCUGCUCCAGGCCCCACUGCUUGGCUUGCAGAUAGCUGUCUCCUCUCUGUGCCUUCACAUCAAUUUCCCUCUCUGUGUUUCUGUCUCUGUAACCAAAUUUCCAAUUUUUAUAAGGAUAAAAGUCAUAUUGGACUUUCAUUUUAAUUUGAUUUUCUCUGUAAUGAGCCUAUCUCCAAAUAAGUACAUUCUGAGGUACUGGGGUAUAAGGCUGCAACAUAUAUACAUCCUUGUCUUACAAUGGUUCAACCUACUAUUUUUAGACUUUUCAGUGGUGUAAAAGAGACACUUUCAGCAUAGUUUUCUUUUUUCUUUUCUUUUUUAUUUUUAUCUUUAUUUUUGAUGUCUUGCUCUUUUGCCCAGGCUGGAAUGCAAUGCCAUGAUCUUGGCUCACUGCAACCUCUGCCUCCAGGGUUCAAAUGAUUCUCCUGUCUCAGCCUCCUGAGUAGCUGAGACUACAGGCAUGUGCUACCAUGCCCAGCUAAUUUUUUGUAUUUUUAGUAGAGACGGGUUUUCACCAUGUUAGCCAGGAUGGUCUUGAUCUCUUGACCUUGUGAUCCGCCUGCCUCAGCCUCCCAAAGUGCUGGGAUUAUAGGCAUGAGCCACUGCACCUGGCCAAUUUUCAAUAAAUUACAUGAGAUAUUCAGUACCUUAUUAUAAAAAGGCUUUGUGCUGAAUGAUUUUGUUCAACUAUAGGCUAAUGUAAGUGUUCUGAGCACAUGUAAGUUAGGCUAGGCUAAGCUAUGCUGUUUGGUAGGUAGGUGCAUUAAAUGCUUUUUUGAAUUAUGGUAUUUUCAAUUUAUGAUGAGUUUAUUGGGAUGUAACCAUAUUAUAAGUCAAGGAGCACCUGUAUUAAUUUGGGGGGUGGGAACAACUCUACCUGUAACUCUGUGUACAACAGUGGGCCAGGUCAUCCGGCCUACACGCAUCACACUGUUAAGCAUUGUGUUAGUCCAUUUUCAUGCUACUGAUAAAAACAUACCUGAGAUUGGGUAAUCUAUAAAGAAAAAGAGGUCUAACGGACUCACAGUUCCACAUGCCUGGGGAAGCCUCACAAUCAUGGUGCAAGGCAAAAGGCAUAUUUUAUAUGGUGGCAGGCAAGAGAGAAUGAGAGCCAAGUGAAAGGGGAAAUCCCUUACAAAACCAUCAGAUCUUGUGAGACUUACUCACUAUCACAGGAACAGUAUGGGGGAACCAACCUCAUGAUUCAAGUUUCUCCUACUGUCCCUCCCACAACACAUGGGGAUUAUGGGAGCUACAAUUCAAGAUGAGAUUUGGGUAGGGACACAGCCAAACCAUAUCAAGCAUUAUGCUUUAAAAUGCUUCCUGAUGUUACAAAAUUAUACCAUUCUGCCACCUUUUGGUGGGAACAAAUGUCAAGACCCAGAGCAUGGAACUUGACCUCCAAGUCCAGUUUUAGAGCCACUGAACAGAAACCCACCCUCUAAAAGUUCUUAAAUUGUAAAAAUCUUCCCCAAAAAUGUUUAUCUAAGAGACUGGUUUCCAGCUUACUAGGCAAUUUGGCAUUGAGGACUUUUCUCAUAAACAUUUACAAAUAUUGUGCUCUGUAAUGAAGUUAAUCAGUAAACCACACAACCUCUGGCCUCUCUCUCACUCCUUACCUAGUCUCAUUUUCAGUUGCUGUGAAUAAGCUAAGAAUGGUAAUGCAGUUUCAGGGGUUAGAAAAUCCAAUUCAAAUUAGCCCUCACUGCAGCUGUACACCGCCAGGAUUUUUCACGGAAAUGAUUAGUAUGAAGCCUGCGAAAGGUGUUUUAACAGAACAAGUGGCAGGUCCUCUGGGACAGAACCUGGAAGUGGAGCCAUAUUCACAAUACAGCAAUGUUCAGUUUCCCCAAGUUCAACCACAGAUUUCCUCAUCAUCCUAUUAUUCCAACCUGGGUUUCUACCCCCAGCAGCCUGAAGAGUGGUACUCUCCUGGAAUAUACGAACUCAGGCGAAUGCCACCUGAGACUCUUUACCAGGGAGAGACUGAGGUAGCAGAGAUGCCUGUAACAAAGAAGCCCCGCAUGGGCGCAUCAGCAGGGAGGAUCAAAGGGGAUGAGCUGUGUGUUGUUUGUGGAGACAGAGCCUCUGGAUACCACUAUAAUGCACUGACCUGUGAGGGAUGCAAAGGUUUCUUCAGGAGAAGCAUUACCAAAAAUGCUGUGUACAAGUGUAAAAAUGGGGGCAACUGCGUGAUGGAUAUGUACAUGCGAAGAAAGUGUCAAGAGUGUCGACUAAGGAAAUGCAAAGAGAUGGGAAUGUUGGCUGAAUGUAUGUAUACAGGCUUGUUAACUGAAAUUCAGUGUAAAUCUAAACGACUGAGAAAAAAUGUAAAGCAGCAUGCAGAUCAGACCACGAAUGAAGACAGUGAAGGUCGUGACUUACGACAAGUGACCUCAACAACAAAGUCAUGCAGGGAGAAAACUGAACUCACCCCAGAUCAACAGAAUCUUCUACAUUAUAUUAUGGAUUCAUAUAGCAAACAGAGGAUGCCUCAGGAAAUAACAAAUAAAAUUUUAAAAGAAGAAUUCAAUGCAGAAGAAAAUUUUCUCAUUUUAACGGAAAUGGCAACCAAUCAUGUACAGGUUCUUGUAGAAUUCACAAAAAAGCUGCCAGGAUUUCAAACUUUGGACCAUGAAGACCAGAUUGCUUUGCUGAAAGGGUCUGCAGUUGAAGCUAUGUUCCUUCGUUCAGCUGAGAUUUUCAAUAAGAAACUUCCAUCUGGGCAUUCUGACCUAUUGGAAGAAAGAAUUCGAAAUAGUGGUAUCUCUGAUGAAUACAUAACACCUAUGUUUAGUUUUUAUAAAAGUAUUGGGGAACUGAAAAUGACUCAAGAGGAGUAUGCUCUGCUUACAGCAAUUGUUAUCCUCUCUCCAGAUAGACAAUAUAUAAAGGAUAGAGAGGCAGUAGAAAAGCUUCAGGAACCACUUCUUGAUGUGCUACAAAAGUUGUGUAAAAUUCACCAGCCUGAAAAUCCUCAACACUUUGCCUGUCUCCUGGGUCGCCUGACUGAAUUACGGACAUUCAAUCAUCACCAUGCUGAAAUGCUGAUGUCAUGGAGAGUAAACGAUCACAAGUUUACCCCGCUUCUCUGUGAAAUCUGGGAUGUGCAGUGAUGGGCAUCACAGGGGAGGGGUCUAGCUCCUUUUUCUCUCUCAUAAUAUUAAUCUGAUGUAUAACUUUCCUUUAUUUCACUUGUACCCAGUUUCACUCAAGAAAUCUUGAUGAAUAUUUAUGUUGUAAUUACAUGUAUAACUUCCACAACUGUAAAUACAGGGCUAGAGAGAACAACUUUCUCUACGCUGUGUUUUAAAAGGCUCCAGGGAAUCCUGCAUUCUAAUUGGCAAGCCUUGUUUGCUUAAUUAAAUUGAUUAUUACUUCAAUUCUAUCUGUUGAACUAGGGAAAAUCUCAUUUUCCUCUUCAUCUUACCGUACUGCAUAUAUUUUAUUAAAGAGUUGUAUUCAAUUUUGGCAAUAAAGCAGACAUAAUGACAA